GUGGGCGGAAAACAAAUAAACAAAUCACACAUCAUGAACGGGGAAAUGUAUUCUGGUGAUCAACACAGCUAAUCAUAUCUAUACGACAUUAUUUAGCUCUGUUUCGUUCGCCUCAUCUUGAUGUGUGGCGAGAGUUGCGCGAGCAGCCCGUAUUUUUGCGAGCAGGAUUUGCGGACGGUAGCCCAACCUUCCUCAUCAAAGCGGAGAUCAAGUUGAUUUGCAACUUUUUCGAAGUACUCCGAGCCUUUGAUCCUAGAGGACUGGGUUUUCGGGAUAUGGCCCAAUAGCAGCAGCACGGGAUGCCGGACCAUGACAGCGACUCCCUCCUGAACAGACAGACCAAGCGAAGACGUGUGGACAUUGGUGUUAAGAGGACCGUGGGCAGCACAGCCUCCUCCACAGCAGCAGCCACAACAACAACCACUGAUAGCAUUGCCCGCGCCAAAGCAGCCAUUUUCAGUGCCAUGAACUCUCUGACCUCCCACUCUCACCACGGAUCAGACACCGACUCCAUGGAGUGCUCUGUAGUGCAGCCACAUGGUGGACCUGGCGUUGUGUCAGCCAGCGACAGUGAGUCCAAGUCCAAUGUACUCCGAAAGCUACUGAAGAGGGCCAACUCAUACGAGGACACCUUGAUGCCCUUCCCUGGCACCACCAUUAUUUCCCAGCUUCUCAAGAAUAACAUGGCUAAAAAUGGAGGACCCGAGAGGGGAGAAAGAGGCGACAGGGGUGAUAGAGGGGAUAGGGGUGAUAGAGGGGAUGUUGGCUUCCCCGGAUCAGGGCUCUCCAAUGCAAGUUCAGAUGCUCCCCAGGAGGAUGCCUGUAGUAACUCCUCCCAUGAUAGCACCCCUCAAGAGUGCUUGUCACCCUUUGGUCGUCCUCCUGGCCUUGCCACCUUUGACAUUGAACGUCUCAAUGAUGAACACCUGCGUGCCAAGCGAGCCCGUGUAGAGAACAUUAUACGUGGUAUGAGCCACUCACCCAGUGUGGUGGUACCUGCUGCUUCCCGUCAUGAGCGUGACCAUGAGAUGGAUCGAGCCCGGGAGAUGGAUCUAGACUGCCCACCCCCUCAGUCUCAGCAGCAGGCCCCCAGCAGCCCACGGGGAGGCGAGGUGUGCAGCAGUAGCAGCAGAGAGAACAAGCGUAAGCAGCGUCUGCCUCAGCAGCAACAGCAGAGCUUCACCCAGCUGGUGUGCCAGAGGAAGGAACAGAAGCAGGAGGAGCGACGGCAACUGAAGCUGCAGCUGGAGGACAUGCAGAAACAGCUACGUCAGCUCCAGGAGAAGUUCUUUCAGAUUUAUGACUCAACCGACGAUUCAGAACACAAUGACCUCCACAAUGAUCUCCACAAUGACAUAGGAAACAUGUCCGAGGACAGCCCAGCCAGGUCUGACACCGGCGGUGAUGACCGGGGUGGAGAUGACUUGCGCUCUGACAAUGAGAUGUCUGACCUGGACCCAGGCCAUUUCCUGGACAGGGCGCGGGCGUUGCUUCAGGAGCAGGCCAUGCUUGCAGCUAGAGAGAAGCCAAGAAGAGAGGGGCUCAGCAGGAGCAAAGGACAGGGAGGUCCAGGCUCCUCCAUGCAUGCUGAAGGUAAACAGCUGGCAGAAACACUGAAGCAGGAACUCAAUUCAGCCAUGACCCAGGUGGUGGACACAGUUGUGAAGGUGUUUGCCAAGCCUCCACGCCCUACACCCCAGCAGGCCUUCCCCUCACUUUCCAUACCUCCUGAAAGAUUUCCCACCACUGUCAAUGGAGACAACCCCAACUUCCACACCACCAACCAGAGGCUGCAGUGCUUCGGAGAUGUCAUCAUUCCUAAUCCACUUGACUCCUUCACCAGCAUGCCCGGGAUGCCAGGUCCCACCAAUGACCAAACAGAGGCGAUACCCUUAGUCGUGAGGAAGACCCCCAGUGAGCACCACCACCACCACCACCACCAGUCCUCAGCUGUGGGUGCCCAUGGCGGGCACCACCACCCCGUCCUUCACCCCUCCUCACUCUCUGCCUCCAUGGGCUUCAGCCCCCCAUCGUUUAGACACCCCUUUCCACUGCCUCUCAUGGGCUACCCGUUCCAGAGUCCCCUUGGCGGGCCCACAGGUGGCUACCCAGGCAAGGACCGUUCCUCUCCAGACUCCAUGGACCUGUCCCGGGAGACCACCAGCCUGAGGACCAAGAUGGCAUCGGGUCACCACAUGGGGCACCACCAUCGCUCUUGUUCACCAGCGCACCCUGGCAGCACCGCCGAGGGACUCUCCCUGUCCCUCAUCAAGUCUGAGUGCAGUGACCUCCAGGACAUGUCUGACAUCUCACCCUACUCAGGCAGCAAUAUCCAAGAGGGUCUCUCCCCCAAUCAUCUGAAGAAGGCCAAGCUCAUGUUUUUCUACACCCGCUACCCAAGCUCUAAUAUGCUCAAGAUGUUCUUCUCUGAUGUCAAGUUCAAUCGCUGCAUCACCUCCCAAGCCAGCAAACACAGCAGCUUCUGUUUCUACAGAGAUGUUACAAUUGAGACGGUCCCUGAGCGCUUUCUGGAGGUGGCGGAGAUCACACUGAGGGAGUUCUUUAACGCCAUUGUGGCCGGCAAAGACGUGGACCCGUCCUGGAAGAAGGCGAUCUACAAGGUCAUCUGCAAACUGGACAGCGAAGUGCCAGAGAUUUUCAAAUCCCCGAACUGUCUCCAAGAGCUUCUACACGAGUAA